AUCCACUAUUUUCUUGGUGUAUACUGUAUAUUUCUGUAGAUAUUUACAAUGUAAGAAAGUAGCCUGAAGAAGAAAACAAUAAAAAAUCACUUCGAUUCCCAAUAAUUCGAUUCCCAAGAAGCGAUGCAACAACGAGUAAAACGAACAUGAGUUUCAGGAAAAGUGGCGAAAGCUCCAGCAUCUCGCAAAGAUUUGUUUCUGAAACUGAGCUUGAAGAAAUAAAGAAGAAGCGAGAAGAAGAAUGGGAACUUGCCAGAAAAGAAGGUAGAAAAGUAGAAAGAGAAGAAGAUAUAGUGCACGAUGGCCGCACACUGUAUGAAAGACUACAGGAGCAAAAGGACAAGAAACAGGAAGAUUUUUUGGAGCAGAUAAAAUUUAAGAACAUGAUAUAUAAAGGAUUGGAUAAAGAUGAUGCCAGCUUUCUGUCUCAUGUCUCACAACAACAAGCUGUUUUUCAUGGCAGGAGAUUUGAUGAAGAUGACACAGAAAUAAAAAGUUUUAGAAUGGCAGUUGAAAGUGCACAGAUAGAAACUUCCGAAAGGCCAAGCACUUCGAUAAUAUCACAACAACUAAAACAAGUACAAGAUGAUAAUGCCAAAAAAGCAAAACCAAAAACAACAGCUGUUAUAAUUCGAAAAAGGUCAACUAAUGCAAGUGCGGAUAAUGAUUCACAAAAGAAGUACCUGAAAAGUGACAAAGCUCCUAGCAUCAGAGAUGGAACUCAACCUGUCAGUGAGGCAAACAAGACUGAAGAAAGUAAUACAACAACUGGAACUAGCUCCCUUAAAAGUUUAGUGGGGUACAUGGAUUCUGAAAGUGAUGAAGACAGUAAUUGUGGAUAGAUAUCAUUAAAUCUGUAUCAAGGGUUACAUCCAUUCCUUUUUUGUACCUUGAACUGCUUUUUCAUGUAGAUUCUCGUAAUUGUUGGAUAAAUUGGAAGUAAAAUUAAACUA